GUUGCAUUAUUUCUUUUGUUUGCCGCAUACUGCUUAAAAGUGCAAUAAGUAAAAUAAAACGCAAAUAAGAUAAACUAAGGCGAAAAAGAAAAAUAAAUUGCAUUAGCACAGAAAUGAAAAAUGGCCACCUUAGUGAAGCCGAAAAAGGAGAAAACGAAAAAGUCCCGAAUUACACAAAGCAAACGAGAAGAGGAAGAGAUAUGCGAAGAUGAGUUAUCAACAAGUAGUGCCACUGCGCCACAAGAACAAAGACCAAGCCAAAGUGAAAAUGCUUCGCUUAUGGAGGAAUUGGAGAGAGUCGCUGCCCUGGCCAGCAGUAGUAGCACUGAGCCCAUCAUCAGCCAUGAGUGCUGCAUUUCGAGUGACACGAUUCUGCCGGCGGAACCAGAACCGGAACCCACUGCGCCCUGUGCCCCUCCUCCAACCACUAUUCAAGUAUUGCAAUAUCCAAAUCUUCAGCCAUUGCGACUUAACAGUAGCAAUGAAGAACAAAAAUCCACUAUUGUCUAUCACCAGAGGACAGUAUCACCGGGUUUCGCCUUGACCCGCAGUCACAUACAGCCAUUGAGCGGAGAACAAUUAAAGCAAAUCUAUGAAUGUCCCGAUUUGGAGCGGGCCAAACAAUUUGAAUUGGAAUUCUUAAUGAACUCGUUGCUAGAGAACAGUGAAUCAGAUCCCCUUUAUCUAGCUCUCUUGGAGUACUAUAAUCUGCAAAUAAAACUCUCUUCGAAUCUGCAUGAUGUCCAAAAAUAUCGUCAAGUAUGUAAAGCAACACAAAACCAAAUCUGGACCAAAGAGGAAGUGAAGCAAAGCUUUGGUGGCGCCUGCGGCGAUGGCUACGAAUUGCAGGAAACUGUUACCUACGAUCGCAUUAAAGUGGAUCAAGUCAAACUGGAGGCCGCUACAGCUUCCCUGACGCGCCUUUAUAAUUUGGUGUGCCAUACAUUCACCACCAAUACCAUCAUCGCGAAGAUAACCAAAGUGAAAAUCGAUCAAAUAGUUAAUGGGCUACUUACCAACUAUCAACCAGAUGAUGAGUCCUCAAAUAAUUUGAAACUACACAACGACCUGGAUGCAGCAGCUCUGGAAUGUGUGGCCAGACUGCGACGUGCCAUUGCCAUUUUAUUUGGAUUCGCACGAAGACCUAGUCCCAAUACGAAUUUCGACUCUGAUCUGAAGCAAUGGAUGAAUAAGCUAAUUUCCCUACAGAUUUUGCUGGCAACCAAAGAGGAUCAUUGGUUUUUACUUUUCAAUAUUCUACGUUGUCCCAAUGGCGUCGGUUUGUGGGCUGCCGAGUUUCUUCAGCUGCCAGGAAUGGAUGCAACGCAAGUUCGAGGCCUACAGACCAACGAGAUGCCGUUGGAGUUAACUUCGCCCGAGCUUAAUCACUGCAUAGCCACAUUGCAAAUUCUCUUAUUGCCCAUUAAGAAGCGCAAUGAAUAUUUAAAGAGCCACGCACAGGCCCAUAGGGAACUGUCUGGGGGUACAGCGGUGGCAGAAGACCGCUGGAUACUCGUAGAUUCCGAUGGCGAGGAUGCACAUACUCCAUCCGGCGAAUGCUUGGGACUAAAAGAUAACGAUCUUAUUGCUUUACUCAAUCAACUUCCUUUUGAGAAGAUCUUCAGCUCUGCGCUGCGCAUAGAGAAGUUUCUGCAGGAUUAUAUUAUUGAACCGGACAUGAUUACAGCUCAACAAAUGUUAUCCUCGGUGGCCUUUCUGGCACAAUUGAUUGAGAUUUUCGGUGAAGGCAUGCUGACCUACAACAAUGAGCGAUACAAACAGUUGGCCAAACGCCUGGGUCGUCUGGUGAGGCAUACAUUGCAAUAUGUCUCCGACUAUCAUGAUCUGUUUCUCCACAACAAUUUAAACAAGCCUGUCGAUCUUUGUGAACGCAUUGAGGUCGAGGUUCAGGCCCUGCUUAUUCGUGCCUGCGGUUAUAUAUAUCGCACCCAUAAUCUGGGCACUUGGCAAUACUUCUCGACGCUUCCCUAUGCCACACUGGAUACUGAGUUUAUUUGGCAUCUCUUUUAUUAUCUGAAUGUGGGCUUUCCUAUGGACUUGAGGACCCAAUUAACUGAGGAUCCUGAGGGAGCUUUUCAGGCCGAAGACUUUUGGCAAAAGUUCGACGUUGCAUACAGUGAUAUAGCGCCCGAAGAUAUGUACUACCUGUUGCAGGCAUUUUUUGAAAUGGCCAACGAUCGGGAUCGCACCAAAGACUGGAAUCUAAUCAAGGGCAUCUGUUUGCAUAUCUAUCAAAUUGGUUUUAUCCAUUGGACCACCAGAGAAAUGUGUUAUAAGGCCGCACGCGAUAUGCUUAUAAAUAUCACAUUGGCCUACGAAGAACUUCUGGAUUGCCUGCUAUUGCAGUUGAAAGUCCGUUUUGGAGAGACUGAACAGGCCGCUUACUUAUUCAAAGCUCUCCCACUCGAAAACUGGCGACCCAGUAUGGAUAGCUUUGAAAUACUUUCCAAUUGGCUGCUGCACUUUGAGUAUCAAUCGCCAGAGAGUCAACUUGCACGCUUAAUCAUUGGACAUCUUAAUUGGGGUUUCGAUGAAGAGAGUCGUCUAUUUUUGCCCCACAAUAUACACGUACGGAUGGCAUGCUUGGUCUCUGAGGCGCUGACCAAACAUGCACCGGAAGUAAUCGGAGCGUCUGGCAUCUCGGAAAGUGUGCGUCAAGUUUCUGCCCUUAUUGAUUCAAGUCAAUCGAUCAGGGAGCAGUUCAUCAAUUGGUGUUGGCGCAUGAUUUCCACGCUUCGUCUGCACUUGAUGGACCAAAGUGUCGAGUCGGUUAAGCGAACUUUACAGCAUCCUACAGAACCUUUGCUGUUUAUACCCGAACUUGAACGUCUGGAUAUGAUACAUCAAGGUGUAACCGAUCAGCGACCCAUCGCCUUAUAUGUGGGACUCUUAGUUAGUUUGCAUGGUCAUUCGAUUCCAUUGAUAUGCCAGCAUGGUUUUAGUUUGCUACAGAAGCUACUCAUUGAUCAUCGUCAUGCAGCUGUGAUUCGUUGUCUGGAAUUAAUAGUGCCAUUAUUUCUUGAGACACCCGAAACUCUGGCCAGCUGCGAAAACUUCAGCAAGGUAAUGAUGACUCUACUGAGUGCCGACAAAACAUAUUUAAAGAUGGCCAAAGACAUGGUCAAUGUUAAUUCUGUGGGUCCAAUUCUUGAACUGUUGGACAACAUGCUGCAUCAUCAGAUUGUUUCAUAUACAAGCUAUGGUCUCUGCUCGCCUUUAAAUCUAAUUAAUGUAUGGCUAAACUGCUUUACGGCUCUCCCGGAUUGGUCACAAAACCAAAAUGUUUUGCAUCUGCUGGAUAAAAUGUUGCGCAUUGCCUAUCAGUUUGCAGAUUGCCGUGUCCAAGCUGUUGAAUUCUUCUACAACUAUUACAAAAGUGGCACUGAAUGGAAGACACCGACCAAAACAUCGGCGUUUAAGUCAUUCUUUAGCAGUCAGCCAAUAUCACGGGUUCCUGCAGUUUCCGAAAAACACUGCUGGCUUACAUUGGUGCUCUUGGAGAUUGAAUUUCGUCUGCAGGAUAUGUCGUUUUGGCCCGAGUUGUUGCGUCAGAUUGCUGUACAACCCGUUGAGGCGGCGCUUAAGAAGACUUCAGCUAUCCAAAAAACCAAUGCAUUUUCAGCUUCACAAUUGGUCAUCUACAAGUAUGCCCAACUAUUGGCCAGCAUGGAGACCACUCAUGCUCUUUUCCCCAUCAUCUGUCAAAAGUUCUUUGAGCUCUAUCUAUGGCGUGUGCCUACAGAGGUUGAGUCACAAAAUUUCUCAUAUAAUUUUGGAGUAUCGGAUAGAUUUUAUGAGUACAAUGUGACCCUAAUGAAGUCGCUUAAGGGUCAACUGAAAAGUGCAGAAGUUUAUUACACGUCUUUGUCCAGAAAACGUAGCAACGAAGAAGGUGUAGGUCAUCUCUACAACAGUUGCGCCAAACUUAUGCAGAAUUGUGCUCUCUGGCUGGAGGAUACACAGAUAAAUAAGUUUUCCAGCGAUGCGGACCAACUUCCAGCUCAAUAUAAUAAUGUUAAAUUACGCGAAUUGCUAAGUGGACAUACUGAACAUUGGACGGAAUAUCUAUGCCUCGCCGCUCUGCGCAAAGAACAACGAAAUCAAGCCGACCAAUGGUCACACAAAAUAUAUCGCAUCGAAAAGCCACUGUCUCGAAGGACUCCAGUACAAUCCAAACCUCGUCAGACGUCCAUACAGCGCAUCAAGAGUCACUUGGUAACCUAUGACAAACGCUUGCCAGCUCCACAGUACAUUCGGGCUACUUCAAUCAAACAGAUGGCAAUCGAUAAAAACACUUUGCCGGAACUUAAGAAGGCCAUUAAUAACCUCAAUUCCACAGCCAACAAAUUUCAUUAUAAAACCUCAGAGUUAAAUUCAUUGAAUCUGAAUUAUCUUGAACGUGUGCCGGCAUUAUAUCAAAUGGUACCAUACCAGGAAACCAGGUGGAAACAGUGUGACUCGUUACUUUUUAAUCGGAGAUGCACGCGUCCAGCGGAAAUCACAGUGAUUCCACAGCAUAUACGUAAAAAUGAGCAAGUCUCACAAAAACAGGACCAAAACAGGGAACAACACGAUAAGAUUGUGAAUGAGAUGUUGGAGAUGAAUAUUGAUGGCUUUGCCCAGACAAUUGAGGAACUGGGCAGCUACAUUCGUGUCUUAUUACAAUCGCCGCCAGAUAAAAUGGUUACCAAAAUUGGCACCAAUUUCUUCUAUUAUGUGGUGGACAAUCUAAACGAUGUAACUAUGAAAUUCCAAGCUACCCAUGAUCUAUACAAGCAACUGCUCGACGAAUUGGGUAUCUAUAUUCAAGCCGAACAGGCAUCCGAAGGACUGCCCGUAUUAAGAUUGGCUUUAAAGCGUCCCGAUCUCGUAGAGCUUUUGGCUGGUGUCUUUGUGCCGUGUCGAACCGAUGCCGAAUAUUUCCUGCCUAUGUACCAGUUCCUCAUAGACUCGCAUCUGAAACGCUGCGAUACGAAAAUUCUUUUCGUUUUACUCUCCAAAUUUGAUUUGCUUAGUUGGAUGGAAGCGUAUCAACCAAAGCUUAGCGAUAUCAAUCGACUGCUUCUGCUGGUGCUGCAGGGCUUGGAGUCAUGGUCACAGCCGGAUAGUAGUUUGCUCCAGGACCAAUUUCGCCGUCAAUUGGUCCACAUUUUUGGGUACGAUUUCCCACAGCACUAUGGCGAGGUAUUACAGUUGGUGCUAGAUCGCAUAUCGGAUCAGAAACUAAUGCCAUUGGUGCUGGUCGAUUUGCUAAACGCCCUAUUUGAGCGGGCGAAUGGCGGCAUGCUUACGCUCGACUGUACUGAAGCACGCUUGCACGAGAUAUCCUUGGACUUUGCCCGUCGUCAGAAGCUUUUCACUUUAAAGGCAUCCACCGAUACCCUGUUGCUACUGGCCAGACACUUUCAGAAAGAGCGGCUUCAUCAUGGACUCCAUGGAUUGUAUCCAAAGCAUAAGGAAUAUUGUCCAGCUCUGGUGAUGUGGUUCACUUGCUUUGGUCAGGUAUUAUUAUCGGCAGCGAUAUGCAGCUACCAGGAGCUCUUAGCUGAUCAAAUUAGUGACAUUGUGUUUGGUUCCAUUGUGGAAACACAUGCUCCAUGGCUGGUCCCAUACACUGAGCAAAGCGGCGUGGGUGAUGUGGCUCAUUGGAUACGGCAGCUGACCCCAGGACAAAAUAAAAUUUUACUCCCAUGGAGUGAACCACAUGUGGGCAGUAGUAAGAUCAUGAUAAGAUCUUUUAUUACUACCCUUCUGCAAGUGCUCGAGUAUCUGCCCUCAUCGAAUAAAGUUCUCGAGCAUGUGUUCGCUUGGUAUGUGCAUCAUUAUGCCCAGCCCAACAUGCCUGGCCAUAUAUUGGCUCCCAUUCACGAGGGACUUGCCCAGUUGCCCUGGGAUCGUUUCCUGCCGCCUGGCCAGCACAUUGAAUUACUCUACGAUAGCCUUCAACGCUAUGCGCCCGAAUCGCAUGCCAUGUUGGGACACAUCUUCAUAAGAAUCGAUUGGAAUAACUGGUUUGCGGUAAUGCCGCAGCCCGUGGCGAUUCUAUCGCGUCUCUUUGGUGUCUUUAUAAAGAUUGCCUUCGAACCGAACAUUCACAUUCAUCCAAAUACGAGCAAAAUCCUCGAGGGAGCCACACAAUAUCCCUGGCAUCUAGUGGAAUACAGUGAACUCGAGAAGUUGCUCAAGUGGUUUGUGGCUAGUGUGGAGCCGGCAAUUGUUUUAAAGCUGCCCAACGAAAGCAAUUACGCUGAUCGCGCCGUCCUAGAUCUCCUCCGUGUGGCGUGUGCCAUGAUUCCUGAACGCUAUGGUCAAACCCCAGUGGUUCAGGCAACGGGCAAACGUAUGCUAUAUACCCGAUCACUUGUGCGCUUGCAACGGGCAUGCGGCGCCAAGCAUACGAAACUACUGGCCACCAAGGAAGGAGAGCGAGCAUUUGCACAUGCCUUCCUGGAGCUCUUGAACUCGAUUGAUUUGGCAAUUAGCCAUACCAACGAGCAACGCACUGCCGAAGAACAGCGUAGAGAAGCCCUCAAUUUGAUGCUCGAACUGGUAGCUCCAACACAGACCCAAAGUGAGGAGAUCUCCAAUAUACACAUUCAAACGUUGAUACGUUGGCAGCAGACAUGUCCUCCAGGCAAUCUGGUUAUGUGUGCUGCUCUACCGGCCAUUGGACAUCUAAAUACCUAUAUCACUUGCAUCUAUGGAUUGCUGGAGACUAGCAUUGAGGUUUAUUUCCGCAGCUCGCCAGAAAGUGCCCCAUGGCAUGCGCCUAGUUGGGAGGGUCUGUUCGAGGCACUGCAAAUGUCGUUGCCAAAGCUGGAACUAAUGCCCGUCAUGAACGGUAACAACUUCUUCUCACUGCAUGUCUAUGUGCUCUACAAACUGGAGGAAAUUGCAACUAGUGGCGAAAAGAUAACAUUUCUUCAAGAUGUUACCCAGUUGAUGGAGGAUAUGAAGACCACGCCACGAACGGAGCCGCAAUUGGCCUUAGUGUGGGGUCUUAUAAUUUCACGCGGCAGCCAGCUAAUCGAAGUCUCAGGACUUAUAAAGAAACCUCUGUACAUGUUGGCCCGACAGCUUCAGUUGGCCUCGACCAAAGCAGAGGGCUGGAGUGAUGGUCUUUUGGGGGUCAUUGGUCUUAAGACCGAAGUCAUUACCAAUAGACGUAAAAUUCUUACCCGUUGCCUGGCUUGUGUAAUUUUCUCGCUCUUCCCGGCCAACAUUAACCUUCGUUUGCCUUGUGAGGAGUACGAAAGUGGCAUGCGAGAGUUGAAUAUGCUGUUGGCCAAUAAAAAGUUUACCGAUGAGAAGUCCAUGAUUGUAAGGGCCGUAAGUCUUCUCAAGGAGCAGACAGUACCAGAAAGACGAGGAAUUCCACUGUUGAUUUGUCGCCUGGUUGGCAUUUUCUACGACCCAAAUUACCUGGCAACUAUUCCCGAGGUUUGGGAUUGUGACUUUAAGCUAAAAGCAACAUGAAAUGAAUUAAUUAAUUUAAGUACUGGACACCAGUGAAUUGUUAUAUGGACUAAUUAUAUACAUGAAGAAUAUUCCUACAUACAAAUUGUGUAAAGAAAAACAAGUGAUAAUCAUUAUUUUUUUUCCCACUUCAAAAUUGAAUUAAAAAUUAUCGAAUUAUAUAUAUUGUA